GCGUUCCGGACCCGCUCUCGGUCGUUGUUCGCUCCAUCCCGUACCACCGCCGGAGUCGCCGAGAUGACCGGCCUGCAUGACGAGCGCGCGACGAGCGAACCCCGGAGAUCCAAGCGGUCCAGGCCGGAGGCGAAGGCGGCGGAGCCUCCGGCACGCCGGGCCAAGCGCGCCGAGGGCCAGGUUCCUCUGCGCAAGCGCGAGUCUGCGAGGCUUGCGCGACCACCCCGCCCCCUGGACCUGGACCUGGACCUGGACUCGGAGGGUGCGGUCGCGUCGCCUCCUCCUCCUUCUCCUCCAGCACCCCGCGCCGAGACCCCGGCCCCUCCGCCCAAGCGUCCAGCGGCGAGGGUUGCGCGACCAUCUUCGCCCCCUUACGGCCAUCGGGAUUCGGCGGAUGUGACCAUGGUUGCUCCUCCGCCCAAGCCCGAGCACUCCGUCCCCCCUAAUUGGCAUCGCACCGCGUACAGACUCCACAACCGCGUCGUCCGGGAUACCAGCAACCGCAAGCCCGCCCCCAGUCGCUACGACAACGGGAUAGAAAUUAAGCAUGAUCCAACAUGGCAAACUCCGACGUGUGCACGUGUGGCUUUGGAACACUACAACAACAUGAAUCAGGGGGAUGAGCAUGAGAUGGUUAAACCAGUGAGCAGCCAUGUCUUUGUCUUCAAUGGUAUCUGGUUCCAUGCAAAUUUCCUUGCCAAGCGAAAAGGAGCCACCAACUUUGUUGAUCUCGUCCCCAAGUACUUCUUUGCUGAAUCGGAAAUUGUGGGGACGAGGAAAAUAUCUUGUAUUUCAUGUGUUAAGCUUGACCCAGGCAAUCCCAAAAACAUUGGUGGUUGUAGCCUGUGCUCUGAGAAUAUCCUGCAUCCUGCUGGGGGUGGAUACCACGGUGCCCAACCUCGAUCUGUUCGACAUGCUCCUGGUGGCCUACAGAUUUCAUUCAAGUUCUGAAUGUUUGAAGUGUGGUAGAAUCGUCCAUCACUAUGCUAAUAUAAUGUAGGCGGAAGAAGCAGAAAAUCAUGUUUCAUUAUGAGCGUCAAACCUGUUCUAGUAGAAUCAUGCAUCAUUUUGGUUGUAAUGAAGGAUAAAACUCCACUUUGAUGUAUGUCCGAUGUUAUUAAUCUGUUUCAUGUAGUAAGGAGGUGCUUGUUGCAUUUUGCUGUGAAGCAAGGUGUUUGACAUGGAUCUGCCGUCAAAUAUUUUGA